AUCUGCACUUCUGUCAGAUGCGCAGAUUGGCGUACCGAGAUGUCGAUUUCCGCUAUGAGGACUUUGAUGGAGUUUCUUUUUCAGUCAAACUAAAAAGGGAAAACAUGUCCGAAGUAAGAAAAUUCACAAAAAGGUUGAGUAAACCCGGAACGGCUGCGGAGCUCAGACAAAGUGUGUCGGAGGCGGUGAGGACUUCGAUAAUUGUGGAGCAGCCGAAGAUCAUCGAGCCGCUGGACUAUGAGAAUGUGGUGUUUCAGAGGAAAGCUCAGAUCCACAGUGAUCCACAGAGAGACCUGCUGGUGUGGCCAGCUGAUGAUGUUUCAGAAGCACAGAUUCAACGUCAAAGGAGAACUAUUGUUCAUUCAGUUCCUCAAAAUGCUGAGAACGAGGCAAAAAGCCUGUUUGCCAAACAGUGCAUUAAGAUGUACAACACCAACUGGCAUGUCAUCAACUAUAAUUACGAGGCCUUCUCUGGAGACUUCCGGUCGCUGCCCUGUAAAGGCACGAAGACGGAAAAGCUUCCCAACCAAGUGUUUGAGGUGGAUGAGGGCGAGGAGGAUUCAUCAUCUCUUUGCUCUCAGAGAGGAGGUGUAAUGAAGCAGGGCUGGCUGCAGAAGGCCAGCAGCAACAACAGCAGUCUGUCGGUCUCCAUGAAGGUGUUCAAGAAGAGGUAUUUCUACCUGUCUCAGCUCCCUGAUGGCUCCUACAUACUGAAUUCAUACAAAGAUGAGAAAAACUACAAGGAAUCAAAAGGCUCCAUCUAUCUGGACUCUUGUAUAGAUGUAGUUCCGGUUCCUAAGAUGAAGCGCAACAGCUUUGAGCUGAAGAUGGAGGACCGUUACAGUCACUAUCUGGUGGCAGACAGCGAGGCUGAGAUGGAGGAGUGGGUGAACACGCUGAAACAGGCUUUACUGAGCGCGAUGGAUGACAGGAGGAACGGAGCAGAACCUUCCGAAGGUUCUCUGGAUGACGACAGCAGUAGCCAGGGGAGACCAGAGAACAUUGCUGAGAGCUUUGGCCGGAGUCUUCAUCCAGAGCUAAUGAAGUAUGGCAGAGAAACUGACCAGCUGAAUAAAAUGAGCAGGAAUGAAGGUCGACAGAAGAUCUUCACCCUGGAUCCUGAGACACAGAGAUUAGAUUUCUCAGGCAUCGAGCCUGACGUGAAGCCAUUUGAAGAGCGAUUUGGCCGAAGAAUCAUGGUUAGCUGUCACGACCUGACUUUUAGCCUGCAAGGAUGUGUCAGUGAGAAGGAUGAUGGCAUCCUAACCAAUGUAGAGCCAUUCUUCAUCAGCUUAGCGCUGUUUGAUCUGUCCAAAGGCUGUAAGAUCUCUGCAGACUUUCAUGUUGACCUCAAUCCACCCUGUGUGAGGGAAAUGCUUCAAGAAGGCUCCUCUGGGACGCCAAAAGAACCAGAAGGAGGAGAUGGAAAUGAAGCAGUCAGGGUAAACGGUCACGGUCUGCCGGUUCUCCAGAGGGUCGCAGAGUCUCUUAUUCGCUUCCCCACUCAGGGUAUUUUCUCCGUUACCAACCCCCACACAGACAUCUUCCUGCUGGCCCGGGUGGAAAAGGUCUUACAGAAUGGCAUCACCCAUUGCACGGAGCCCUACAUCAAGACCUCUGACAUCAGCAAGACAGUACCGAAAGUCCUGAAGACUGCCAAGCAGACGUGCCAACGGCUGGGGCAAUACCGGAUGCCCUUCGCUUGGGCUGCCAAACAGGUGUUCAAAGAUUCCCAGGGCAGUUUAGACAUUGCGGGGAAGUUCUCUCCACUCUACCGCCAAGACAGUAGCAAGAUAUCCACUGAAGACCUCAUCAAACUGCUGACAGAUCUCAAAAAACCAGAGAAGAAUAAACUGCAGAUAAUCCCUGGACAAAUUAACAUCACUGUUGAGUGUGUGCCUCCAGACUUGUCAAACUCGGUCACAUCCUCUUAUAUUCCCGUGAAGCCGUUUGAGGAGCAGUGUGAGAGGGUGUCCGUGGAAGUGGAGGAGUUUGUCCCAGAAGAGGCCAGAUACAAUCAUCCAUUCACCAUCUACAAGAACCAUCUCUAUGUCUAUCCUCAGCAGCUCAAAUACGACAAUCAGAAGACGUUUGCCAAGGCUCGAAACAUUGCAGUUUGUGUUCAGUUCAAGGAUUCUGAUGAUGAAGGAGCCGCCCCAUUGAAGUGCAUCUAUGGCAAGCCAGGGGGUCCAGUUUUCACCACCAGUGCUUUUGCUGCAGUUUUGCAUCAUAACCAGAGUCCAGAGUUUUAUGACGAGAUUAAAAUCGAGCUUCCAGUUCACGUCCAUGAGAAGCAUCACCUUCUGUUUACUUUUUACCACAUAAGUUGUGAGGCCGGCAACAAAACUACCACCAAGAAACGGGACGGAGUGGAAACACUGGUGGGUUAUUCCUGGACUCCUUUAUUGAAGGAUGGCAGAAUACACUCCUCCGAACUACAGCUCCCUGUGUCUGCCAAUCUACCAGCUGGUUACAUGUAUGACAAAAGCCAAGACUCAAAAAAGUCUUCCCCAGACAUCAAAUGGGUGGAGAAUGCCAAACCAUUAUUUAAAGUCCGAGCGUAUGUAGCAUCAACAAUUUACACUCAGGAUUUGCACCUCCACAAUUUCUUCCAGUAUUGCCAGCUGAUGAGGUCAACAUCUCAGGGCAGUCCCGCUGAACUCAUCAAAUACCUAAAGUGCCUGCAUGCAGUCGAGACUCCGGUCAUCAUCAAGUUUCUGCCUACGGUGUUCGUUCAGCUCUUUGAAAUCCUCACGAUGCCGAGCAAGGAGGGUCUAGACAUUGCUGUCAACUCCACACGGGUAAUCAUUCACAUGGUGUCUCAGUGUCAUGAGGCCGAGCUGGAGAACUACUUGCGCUCAUUUCUGAAGUAUGUGUUUCGGAUCAACAAUGCAACUUCGGAAAACUCGACACAUGAAGUUCUGGCUACAGCAGUGACGGUCAUCCUCAAACAAACGGCAGACUCCAACACCUGCAACAAACUCCUCAAGUAUUCCUGGUUCUUCUUUGAGACCAUCGCAAAGUCAAUGGCACAGUACCUCCAGGAUGGUAACAGAAUGAAAAUGCCGCGAGCCCAGAGGUUUCCAGAAUCAUUCCACCAAGCACUGCAGUCUCUGCUGUUGUCAAUCAUGCCUCACAUUACAAUGUCCUACGAGAAGUUCCCAGAGGAGGCCCGCUGCAUCAACUUUAGCCUGGCCUGUUUCAUCAAGCGCUGCCUUACGUUCAUGAACCGAGGAUUUGCUUUCAGUUUGAUAAAUGACUACAUGUGUGGCUUCGGCCUGAAAGAUCCAAAGGCACUUACAGAGAUGAAGUUUGAUUUCCUUAUGACGGUGUGCAACCACGAGCACUACAUUCCUCUAAACCUGCCCAUGGCUUUUGGCCGAACCAAGUUGCAGCGAGUUCAAGAUUUAAUUUCGUAUGCGGUGGAGCGUUUUGGUGUCGUAGAUCAGAGUUUGGAGUACAGCCUGACAGAGGAUUAUUGCAAAAAUCAUUUCCUGGUGGGUCUGCUGCUGCGAGAGGUGGCCGAUGGACUCCAGGGCUGCCCAGAGAUCAGACAACUGGCUGUGGCUGCACUCAAGAACCUCAUGAUCAAACAUGCCAUGGACGACAGAUACAAUGCUUCUAAGAACCAGCAAGCCCGCAUUUGUCUGCUGUACCUGCCUCUCAUUGAGCUACUGUACCAAAACCUGAGCCACAUGAACAGCCCGGGGCAACUCUGCAGAAAUGACCUCGGCCUCAUGUACCGGGACGAUUUGUCAGUGGACAGCCGCAGAAGCAGCACAAUCAUUGAUAAGGAGCCUACCGGUGUCAUUACCCAGAAUGGACAUGUUAGGAAAGGGGAGUCCAGAAGCUCCAUGUAUGGAGAUCCUGGCACUUCAGACGUCAAUGAGUUACACAGGCGCAGUUCCACUAUGAGCAAUGUACCCACCACUGGCCGUUUGGGGCAGUAUGAGAUCAGAGGGCUGCUUCUGUGUUUCCUACAUAUUGUAAGAACUUUGUCAGAUGACACUCUGAUGGGCUACUGGUCUAAAGUGAAUCCACAAGACAUCAUGAACUUCCUCAGUCUGCUUGAGAUCUGCAUAGUCCAGUUCCGUUAUGUGGGCAAGCGAAACAUCAGCCGAAGCCUGGAGCCCUGGGUGUCAAAGCUCUUCUCAUCUGACAGGAAGUCUCAGACCAUGCCAGUGCUGCGAGGUCGAGGAAGCCUAAUGCAAGCAAAGCUGCAGCAGUUCAGCACUAUGGACACCUCAUUAACCCUGAACAUGGCUGGAGGUCCUACAGAAGCCGAGACAAACCAUCAGUCUUUGCUUGAGGGGAAUAUGUCGACGGAGGUCUGCCUCACUGUGCUGGAUGUCCUCUCACUCUUCACUCAGAGCUUCAAGAAUCAACUGCUGGACAGUGAUGGUCACAAUCCUCUGAUGACGAAGGUCUUCAACACGUACCUCACUUUAUUAAAAGUUGGACCAUCAGAAACGGCAAUCAAACACAUCUUUGCCUCUCUGCGAGCCUUUAUCAUCAAGUUCCAGGUUCCCCUUUUUAAAGGCCGUAUAACUCUGUGUGGUUCGCUGUGUUAUGAAGUCUUGAAGUGCUGUAUGUCUAAACUGAGCGUCCUACGAGGGGAAGCGUCUGCCCUUCUUUACUUGCUCAUGAGGAACAAUUUUGAGUACACCAAGAGGAAAAGCUUCCUGCGCAUGCACUUACAGAUCAUCAUCACUGUGAGCCAGCUAAUCGCUGAUGUGGCGCUAACAGGCAGCUCACGUUUCCAGGAGUCUCUGUCCAUCAUCAACAACUUUGCCAUCAGUGAUAAAGUCAUGAAGACCACGACGUUUCCAUCUGAAGUGAAGGGUCUGACGAUGAGAAUCCGUACGGUUUUGAUGGCCACUGCCCAGAUGCGUGAGCACAAAAAAGACCCAGAAAUGCUGCUCGACCUUCAGUACAGUCUCGCCCGGUCGUACGCCAGCACUCCAGAACUCAGGCGGACAUGGCUGGACAGCAUGGCACGAGCACACAGCAAGAACGGAGACUUUUCGGAGGCUGCUAUGUGUAACGUUCAUGUUGCUGCAUUGGUGGCUGAGUAUUUGCACAGGAAAAAUCUGUUCCCAAGUGGACUGGCAGCUUUUAAGAAAAUCACCCAGAACAUCGACGAAGAAGGAGCGAUGAAAGAAGACGCAGGGAUGCAAGAUGUUUACUACACUGAGGACGUCCUGGUUGAGCAGUUGGAGGUGUGUGUGGAGGGCCUAUGGAAAGCCGAGAGGUUUGAGCUCAUCACACACAUUGCGAGACUCAUCAUUCCCAUUUACGAGAAACGGCAUGAGUUUGAGAAACUGAGGCGAUUGUAUGACACACUGCAGCGAGCUUAUGCGAAGAUAUUAGAGGUGAUGCAGUCUGGCCGGCGUCUGCUGGGAACUUACUUUAGAGUCGCCUUUUAUGGACAGAGCUUCUUUGAAGAAGAGGAUGGGAAAGAAUACAUCUACAAAGAGCCAAAGCUAACAGGCCUGCCUGAAAUUUCCCUUCGCCUGACAAGUCUCUACGGAGAAAAGUUUGGAGCAGAGAAUGUCAAAAUCAUCCAAGACUCUAACAAAGUUAACCAGAAAGAUCUAGACCCAAAGUUUGCCUACAUUCAGGUCACAUAUGUCAAGCCCUACUUUGAUGAGAAAGAACUGGCAGAGAGGAAGACAGACUUUGAGAAGUGCCACAACAUCCAGCGUUUCGUCUUCGAGACUCCGUACACACUAGGAGGAAAGAAACAAGGAGCGGUUGAGGAACAGUGCAAGCGGCGAACGGUACUUACCACGGCCAGCUCAUUUCCCUAUGUAAAGAAGCGCAUCGAGGUAGUGGGAGAAAAGCACAUGGAGCUGAAACCGAUUGAUGUCGCAAUAGAUGAGAUGAAAGAGAGGAGUGCUGAACUCAUUACUCUCUGCUCUAAUCAAAAGGUUGACAUGAUCAAACUUCAACUCAAACUCCAAGGAUGUGUUAGUGUGCAGGUGAAUGCGGGUCCGAUGGCCUAUGCCCGAGCUUUCCUAGAUGAAUCUAAAUCUGGUCAGUCCAGUAAGAAAGUAAAGGAGCUCAAGGAAAUAUUCAGGCAAUUUGUCAAUGCAUGCAGUAUGGCUCUGGAGAUUAAUGAGAGACUCAUUAAGGAGGAUCAGUACGAGUAUCAUGAGGGACUUAAGACUAACUUCAAAAGCAUGGUGAAGGACCUUACUGAUAUCAUCCACGAGCCGAUCUUCCAGGAGGAUAUGAUGCCAUCCCUGCUGCAGAACUCUGUUCACGUGUUCCGUGCUAUCAGUGGAACCUCCACUGACCUGAGCUAGAACCUGAUGGUGGCUCCUGACUGUUCUGGAUUAUCAGCCCUCCUCACAACUGAAUGUACAAAUCAAGAUUCUAGGCCUUCAGCAAGCAUCUUUUCAGGCUACAAGAAUGUCUGCAUUUUCUGUGCCAUGUUUUUACUUAUUGUGUGCAGCAAGUUUGUGUACAUAUUGCUUUUACCCUUUUUACUUUUUUAAUUCACAUUCCUGGUCUUAUCAUGUUUGCAGCAUUGUUGCUUUUAGGCUCACAUCACCAAGUUGCCUUAUUUUUUAAGUUAAACAAGGACAAUAACUAUAAAGAUUACGAUAAAGAUAUCGUUCUCAGUAUUAAAGAAAAGCAGAGUCCACACCACAACUAUAACGAUAAAGGCACAGAGAAACGAUAUCGUUGGAAGCACUUUCAGAACUAUUUUUUUUCCAGCUGAUGAAUGAUACAAACAUUGACAUCCAAUCAGAAUCCAUCCUGCUGUAACGAGCUUGAAAAUCGCGAUUUGAGAAUUGAGUUGCACUUGUGAUUUGAAUAAACAAACAAGAUCGUUCGCUGGUGUGGACACUAAUAUCGUUGUCUUUAAAGUUAUAUUUAUAGUUAUCGUUCUGAGUUUAAAUGGGUCUUUACUCUCUUACCUACCUAUUUAGUCAUGCUUUUUAAAUCAGAAAUAUGACAAAGACAAUAUUAAGUCAUUAUAAUAUAAAAAGUAAAUUAUGACAUAAGCCAUUAUUUUGAGAUAAAAGUAAAAUAUGACAAUUUAUGACAUUAAAUUGAAAUUAUGACAAAUUAUAAAAUGUGUCAAAAUGUUGACAGUCCUAAUGUGAUAAAAUGUACAAUUUAUACAUACUCAUAAUUUAAAUUUUUUUAUCUCAUAAUUGUCUUAGUAUGUUCAAAUUUGACUUUUUUUGUAUAAAUAGUACAUCUUUUCAUGUCAUAUUUAUGAUUUACCAAAGAUUUUUCUUUAUGUGGUGGAAAUGGGCUUUCAUAGUCCAUAUAUCCAGUCAUCUCUAUGACCACUUUUCAUGAUCCAGUUAUCGAGGUAUAAAAAAAAUGUCUUGUAUUCUAUGAAAACGUCAAAUUUGUUACCAAUGCCAUUACAUUUUGACCCUGCAUUUUCUCUGUGAUGUACAAUCUGUUUUGUAUCUCAGCCAAACUGUCUUAUUUUAAACUGCAGGGAUGCUACUGGAAACAAAACGAGUUUUGUUGUAGAUCACUCAACACACCAAAGAUCAAAUGGACAGUUUAUAUGCCUAAUAUCUCCAUAUUAAAUAACUUUUGCAUUGACUGUUUUAUUUCCUGAAAAGUGUGAUGCUUGGUGCAAACUGCACGUUGCGUAGUUCGAAAGAAACAUGGUUUUCUGCUGCCAACUGCCAAAAAGAAGAAUUUAAACUAGCUACUAUAUGUGGUCAAAUCACACCAUCCCUCUUCCCCAUUUUCAGUUGUACAUAUAACUUUGGUGGUUACUGACUAGCUGCACGUUUGUAAGAUCGAACUAAGAUCAUUGUGCAUCAUUUUUAUCAUUCAGUGAAAUUGCAAUAUGCUGGAGUUGCAAUGCUACUAUUUAAAUAUGUAUAUGUAAAGCUUUUUAAAAAAGAAUGCAUACCCCAGACUGUAGAGAACUGACUUUGUCGUCAGGAAUGAUGUACUGCAGAAUGUAACAGCCUAUUGAUAUUCAGUUUAAGCAGACUUUUGUGAUUCCUAUUGUAAACAUUUGUUUUUUGUUGGGCUGGCCCAGCCAGUACAGUCUAUCAAGGGUUGAUUUAUGCUCAAAAAUUCUGUUGGUAGCCUACUCUUCAGACCUUGCCGCACUGAAUACUCAAAUUGCACACAGAGAGUGUGUGGAUUUAGAUAGGAAAUUGUCCAUUUGUUGUAAAUUGUGUGUGUGUGUGUGUGUGACUGAGCACAUGGAAAUGUAUGCAGUAUUGACAAAGUAGUAUUUGCAAGCAGUUAUCAUCGUAAAAAUGUCAAAAUUUUCGGGUCUAGUAAUGGAUGCUGAAUUUGCUAUAAAGAAGAUCAUGUGAGACAAGCUGCUGCUUCCCAAGAUUAGUUUCAUAAAUUCCUUCAUGUUUUGUCAGCAUAUAAUGUAUGAAUGGUUUUUUCCCCAUGUGGUCUAUAGUUCAGAAGAUAAAAUAAAUAUUUCUUUAAAAAAAAUGUUUUGAUGGUUAUUCUGAGCUUUUUUGAAGAAUACUACUUUCCCAGAACAUGUCUAUUUUCUACACACACACAAUUUGUGGGAAAAGACUUUCAAUAAACAUGUUAGAUAAAAUCUGUGACCCUUCUCUGCAAAAAAAACGUUUCAGAAUUGAUCCUUUACUCCUGUGAGAAUUUAUUGUCUUUGCAUUUGAAACAUUAAAGAUGCAUUUUUAAAA